AUGGUGCGGGCCGCAGCCAUGAGCCAGGACGCGGACCCCAGCUGCCCGGAGCAGCCCGACAGAGAUGCCCGCAGCGUGCCCGGUGCCCCGGCGCCCUCGGCGCCUCCCGGGCCGCGAGGGGUGCAGCCGCCGCCGCCCCAAGCCGGCCUACCCCAGAUCAUCCAAAAUGCCGCCAAACUCCUGGACAAGACCCCGUUCUCCGUCAGUAACCCGAACCCCCUGCUUCCCUCGCCAGCCAGUCUCCAACUGGCUCAACUGCAAGCCCAGCUCACCCUCCAUCGGCUGAAGUUGGCACAGACGGCUGUCACCAACAACACCGCGGCUGCCACGGUCCUGAACCAAGUCCUCUCCAAAGUGGCCAUGUCCCAGCCUCUCUUCAACCAGCUCCGGCAUCCGACCGUGAUCAGCACACCCCACAGCCACACCGGGGUGCCCCAACAUGCUGCGACCAUACCCAGUGCCCGGUUUCCCUCCAAUGCCAUUGCCUUCUCACCCCCUGGCCAGACCCGGGGCCCAGGGCCCUCUGUGAGCCUCCCCAGUCAGCCCCCCAGUGCCAUGGUGAUGCAUCCUUUCAGCGGGGUGAUGCCUCAGACCUCUGCCCAGCCAGCGGUCAUCCUGGGCAUUGGCAAGACUGGGCCCACGCCUGCUGCAGCGGGGUUCUAUGACUAUGGCAAGGCCAACUCCAGCCAGGCUUAUAGCUCUGAAACAGAGGGACAGCCCAGCUUCCUGCCAGCCUCGGCCUCGACCUCGGGCAGAGUGACCUACGAGGGGCACUACAGCCAUUCGGGACAAGACGGCCAGGCUGCCUUUCCCAAGGAUUUCUACGGCCCCAACUCCCAAGGGGGCUCCCACGUGGCAGGCGGAUUUGUGGCUGAGCAGGCCGGGGGCAUGAAAGGCGAGGUGGGUCCGCUGCUGCAGGGGGCAAACAGCCCGUGGGAGAGCCCCCAUGGCUUCUCUGGCCAGAGCAAAGCUGACCUUAUCGCGGGCCCCAACCUGUGGCCUCCACCCCCCAGCCAGCCCUAUGAGCUGUACGACCCCGAGGAGCCCACCCCAGACAGGACCCCUCCUUCCUUAGGGGGUCGGCAGAACAACAGCAAACAGGGUUUCAGUGGUGCCAGGCAGCGGGCCAAGGAGGAGCAGGGCAUGCUGUCUGUGAGGCCCCUGCAGGCGCACGAGCUGAAUGACUUCCACGGGGUGGCCCCCCUCCACCUCCCCCACGUCUGUAGCAUCUGCGACAAGAAGGUGUUUGAUCUGAAGGACUGGGAGCUGCACGUGAAAGGGAAACUCCACGCUCAGAAGUGCCUGGUCUUCUCUGAAAAUGCUGGUGUCCACUGUCUGCUGGGUUCUGCAGAGGGGACGCUGCAUGCCACUCCCAACAGCACGGCCAUUUACAACCCCGCUGGGACCGAAGAUUAUGCCUCGAAUCUCGGAACACCCUAUGCGAGGCCAUUUGUUCAGCCGAAUCCUGCAUUUCCUUCCCCAGGGACAAAUUUCACACAGCGGAAGUCAGGUGCUGGGCGUGUGGUGCACAUUUGCAAUCUCCCCGAAGGGAGCUGCACAGAGAAUGAUGUCAUCAACCUGGGGCUGCCCUUCGGCAAGGUUACUAAUUACAUCCUCAUGAAGUCCACGAACCAGGCUUUUUUAGAGAUGGCAUACACAGAAGCUGCCCAGGCCAUGGUCCAGUACUACCAUGAAAAAUCUGCUGUCAUCAAUGGUGAGAAGUUGCUCAUUCGGAUGUCCAAGAGAUACAAGGAAUUACAGUUGAAGAAACCUGGGAAGACCGUGGCUGCCAUCAUCCAGGAUAUCCAUUCCCAGAGGGAGAGGGACAUGUUCCGGGAAGCAGACAGAUACGGCCCGGAAAGGCCGCGGUCACGCAGUCCGGUGAGCAGGUCGCUCACGCCCAGCUUCACCUCCUGCAGCUCUUCCCACAGCCCCCCUGGGCCCUGCCGGGCCGACUGGGGCAACAGCCGGGACUCCUGGGAGCACUCUCCCUACGCCAGGAGGGAGGAGGAGCGGGAGCCGGCCCCUUGGAGGGAGAAUGGGGAGGACAAGAGGGACAGGACAGACUCAUGGGCGCACGAUCGCAAACACUACCCCAGGCCGCUGGACAAAGGGGAGUUAGAGGAGCGGCUGGAAGGGGGGCGGGGCCACCGAGACAAGCACCCCAGGCCGGGGUCCCCCAGCGCACUCCACUCUGCGGCUGGCUACAAGAGCCGGGAAGAUGGCUACUACCGGAAGGAGCCCAAAGGCAAGUCGGACAAGUACCUGAAGCAGCAGGAGGCCCCGGGGCGGUCCAGGAGGAAGGAUGAGGCCAGGCUGCGGGACAGCAGACACCUCCACCCCGACUAUGUGGGCAAGGAAGAUGGCCUGGAGCCCAAGGUCACGCGGGCCCUGGAGAGCGCCAGGCCCAAGCCGAGUGAGAAAACGAGAACCAGGAGACCUGACAGAGACCAAGAAGGAGCUGAUGACAGAAGAGAGAGCAGGACAGUGGAGAAUGAGGCUGAAAAAGAGGGACAGGAAGGCAGGGAAGAAAGCCCCUCACCAGCAUGCAGGCAGGAGAAAGAAACAGAGUUCUCUGAUGCAGAAACUGCAAGGGCAAAGCAGGAGCAGCAAGACUGGGAGAGCGGAAGUGAGGCGGAGGGGGAGAGCUGGUAUCCCACAAACAUGGAGGAGCUGGUCACCGUGGAUGAGGUUGGGGAAGAAGAAGAUUUCAUCAUGGAGCCGGAUAUCCCAGAGCUGGAAGAAAUUGUGCCCAUUGACCAGAAGGACAAAAUCUGCCCAGAAAUGUGUCCCUGUGUGACAACCACCUUAGAUUUGGACUUAGCCAAGGAUUUCACCAAGAAGGGAGUCCACACCCUUGGUAAUGGGGCUUCAGAAAUCAUCCUUAAGUCGCCCAGAGAACUGCCUUCUGCUUCCACGAGCUGUCCCAGUGACAUGGACGUGGAAAUGCCCAGCCUAAAUCUGGAUGCUGAGCGGAAGCCAGCUGAAUGUGAGACUGGCCUCUCCCUGGAGGGUUCGGAUUGCUACGAGAAGCAGGCUAAGGCCGUGGAGAGCUCAGACGUGUGCCCGGCCCCUGCAGUCCAGCAAAUGUCUUCCCCCAAGGCAGCUGAGGAGAGGGCCCAGCAGCCCAGCCCAUCUCUCGAUGACCGCAAGGCCAGGGAGACUCCGGAAGAUGGGGCCCGUGAAGGCAGCCCCCUGGAAGACAAGCCCAGCUCCCCCACUGGAACUGAGCUCCAAAGCCAGGCUUGCCAAGGAGUGUUGACCCCGGAAAACUCCAGCUACGUGGAAGUGAAGCCUCUGGACGUGAGGUCGCCAGACCACGAGGUGGAGCUGAAACAGCCCCUUGCUUUGCCUUCCUGGGACCCAGAGGAUAUGUUCAGUGAACUUAGCAUUCCUCUAGGGGUGGAGUUCGUGGUGCCCAGGACGGGCUUCUACUGCAAGCUGUGCGGGCUGUUCUACACGAGUGAGGAGAUGGCGAAGAUUAGCCACUGCCGCAGCGCCGUGCACUACAGGAACCUACAGAAGUACUUGUCCCAGCUGGCUGAGGAGGGCCUGAAAGAGACCGAGGGGGCGAGCAGCCCGACAAGGCCCGAGGACAGCGGAAUCAUGCCUCACUUUGAAAGGAAGAAGCUCUGAAGGACACCGGCCGCUGCUGGGGACGGAGAGGAGGGCCUAUGAGAGGGGCGGCCUGGCCUGCGGGCAGCAGCUAACGCCAGGCGGCAGGGCAGCCAGGCAGGCCGCCCGGGCUUGCCCUGAGGAUUCCCCUGAAGUGCCCCUGGAGGUGUCCUCUUGGGGUGUCCUGCCCCCUGAGGGCUGUCAACUGUCUCCACCUUGACUCUUGUUUCCUUCCUCUUGCAAUUAGCUUCUCGCUCGCUCUCUUCUUCCCCAUUCAUCCCUCCUGCCUAUGCUCCCUCCUCUGUGCCAAGGGUCAUUUCCUUUCCAUAAAACCCAACUUCUCAGGGAUUUUUCAGUGUUUCAGUUCUUGAUGGGAAAUGGCAGGUCGGGCCCGGCUGUUUUCCAAGGAAGAGAGUUCCUGGGGACCCUGAGUCCCUGCAGUGAAGGUGGGGCAGAUUCUCUGUCCACCACCCACGGGCAGCCACCGGGUCCUGCGCCUGGAGAGGGGCAUCCUCCGUCAGCAGCCGAGAGAAGCCGGAUUCCUUUAGCUGCACCAUUUGCCCUGGAAAGCCCUGUUUUUCAUGGCUCCUUCAUCCUCUCAAUUGCUCUGGAAGUCUGACAGAUGCAUGCAUGCCUUAAACUAAAAUUAAAUUACUUUCAUGGAGGAAAAGAGCCUUUCUUUUGGAAGCUCUGGAAUGUUCCUUUCACACUUUUUACCCCCUCCUCUUGACUUCAGGAGAUACCAGGGUUUAUUCUAUUCUGGACGAUUUGUUUUGAUUAACAAUGAGAACAGAAGUGUCUUCUCCUCCAGCUGAAACAGCACUUGGUAGAGGCUUAAGCCGAAGGCUGGCGCGCUGGCCUACCCUGGGUGGCAGUGACUUGGGGCACAAAGACAAGUGGCAUCUGUCUUUGAGUUACCCUUGGUGCCUCCACCUGGCCUCACAGUGGGAUGAUUCUAAGUGGUCUCUGGGAUGGGGAGAAGCUCAGGAAAGAGAAGAAGAGAGGAAGGAAGAACGCUGGCUCUUUGGAGGUGGGCCUUUUCCAGCUUGGCACAAGGUCAAGGUCGUCUCAGAGGUCACUGCAUGACUUCGAUGUGAAAUGUUGUUAUGAAGAGCAGACCCCUUGUUCCGAUGGGGCUGUCUGGUACUGGGAGACUCCAGCCGCAGUCGGGCUACAGGGUCUGAGGCUGUAGUCCCCUGGAAGGGCUUGGGACAAGGUGCUAGGGGAUCGGGCUCACCACAGCCAGUCAGGACCUCCAGCUGGUCUGAGGAGAGCCUGGUGCUGUUUCCACUGGGUGAGCACAAUUCCAAAAGGAUUUUUUUUUUGUUUUAAUUUUUGCAUUUUUCUUUUUAUAGUAGAUAAGAAUAUUCUAUACAUUCUGUCUUCUACAAUACUGGCAGAAGGGUCGACAGAUGACCUUAUGUUUUAUCAGUGAGGAAACAGACUCGGAGAGGAUAAAAAUGUAGAGCAUUAAAACGGUCAUGGGUAAACCUUGGGGCAACGGUCCCCAACAAGCAGGGAACCGUUGGGGGCUGAGAGGGGCACCAGGCAAGCACCAGAAGCAAAUCCAGCCUGGACCUGUGCGGAGAGGAGAGGCCAAGGCAGGCAAGAAAUCUGAACCUAGCUUCAGGUCACGUGGGGCCGGGAACUCUGGGUUCCUCGAAGAAAACAGAACUUAAGGAUGUGUGUCUAGUCUCAGACCUAAUCUCCUGCUGCCUCCAGGGUUUUUACCCAGUUUCUGGACAGCGGCUCUGCCACUGUCUCUCAGAAAACCUUUAACUCUGUACUCUGUGUCUUUCAGCCCUGGAUGCAAGCCUAGGGUCACUCCUUGGGCUCCUCGCCUGACCUUGCUGGGAAAAACAUACUGCGCCCAGCAGAGGAUGGAGCCAUGCCUUUCUGUGGCUGGCAGCCCCUCCCCCAGCAGAGUGGAAGCUGACCUCAACACUCACCUCCCAGCAGGGUUUCCGUGGAAACCGGAGGGCUGUUCAAACAGCCUCCUGCCCCAAUAGUCUCAGGGCACCCUGCCAAUAGACCUAGACCGAACUUCUCCAUGUUGGAAAGUUGGAGAGAGUCCCUGGGAGAGGAGAGAAGGCCUCCCCCACCCGUUCCACCCCUCCA